AGAAAGCCAAUCUCAUCGCCUCCAUUCUUAUCCCACUCUCCCAUUCUUAACGACAUAACCUUCUCCUUCACUGUCAAUCCCACACAUGGCUUCCCUCUCUGUUCCCAAUCACUCUCUUCCCACCUUGCUCCAUUCUGAAAUACCCACACACCCCUCUUCUCAAAACCUCCCUUGUCUCCCCAGAUCCUCCAAUUCUCAGUUUUGUGGCCUCAAGUUAUCUCAUUCCUCCUCUCUGUCUAUCCCUCCUGCUACUACUUUUUCACCGAGGAGAGGUUCUGUUUUUGCUAAGGUGACUAAAGGUUCAAAGCCACCUCAAUUCACCCUGAAGGAUCAGGAUGGGAAAUCUGUAAGCCUCAGCAAAUUCAAAGGAAAGCCCGUUGUUGUUUAUUUCUACCCAGCUGAUGAGACCCCUGGCUGUACCAAACAGGCUUGUGCUUUCAGGGAUUCUUAUGAGAAAUUUAAAAAAGCAGGAGCAGAGGUUGUUGGGAUUAGUGGUGAUGAUCCUUCCUCUCACAAGGCAUUUGCUAAGAAGUACAGACUUCCAUUUACUUUAUUGAGUGACGAGGGUAACAAGGUGAGGAAAGAGUGGGGAGUGAAGGGUGAUUUCUUUGGAGCAUUGCCUGGGAGAGAAACCUACGUUCUUGACAAAAACGGGGUGGUUCAGCUCGUCUACAACAAUCAGUUCCAACCAGAAAAGCACAUUGAUGAGACUUUGAAACUAAUUCAGAGCAUUUGAGACUUCCAGUUUUUUUGUUCUUGUCUUGCUCAGCCUUUCUCGGAGUUAGCCAAGCAUGAAGCUGCAAACUAUAAUGUAAUCGCCAUGUAACUAUGAUAGCUAGAGCUGAUAUUCUGGACGGUUUGUUCAUAGGUAGCUGAAAAGAUACUAUUUGUAUUAUCGUGAUUUUUGCUUGAGAUGAGAAAGUAAGUCCACUUAUAGUA